AUGCCUUUGGAGAUGGAGCCAAAAGUUAACAAUCUUACCUUUGGGUGUCAACGAAGCUCAACAUCUGAUGACGACUCUGGCUGUGCCUUGGAAGAAUAUACCUGGGUUCCACCAGGUCUUAGACCAGAACAGAUUCAGCUGUACUUCGCCUGUUUGCCGGAGGAGAAGGUCCCUUACAUUAACAGCCCUGGAGAAAAACAUAGAAUUAAACAGCUUCUAUACCAGUUGCCACCCCAUGAUAAUGAGGUAAGAUAUUGUCAAUCUUUAAGUGAAGAAGAGAAGAAGGAACUACAAAUGUUUAGUGUUCAGCGUAAGAAGGAGGCAUUGGGAAGAGGAACUAUUAAACUACUCUCAAGAGCAGUAAUGCAUGCAAUUUGUGAACAGUGUGGGACAAAAGUAAAUGGUGGUGAAGUUGCAGUAUUUGCUUCAAGAGCUGGACCUGGAGUGUGCUGGCAUCCAUCAUGUUUUGUGUGCUCUACAUGUAAUGAGCUUCUCGUUGACUUAAUCUACUUUUAUCAAGAUGGAAAAAUUCACUGUGGUAGACACCAUGCUGAACUUCUUAAACCCCGCUGCUCAGCAUGUGAUGAGAUUAUCUUUGCUGAUGAGUGCACAGAAGCGGAGGGUCGCCAUUGGCAUAUGAAACAUUUUUGUUGCCUUGAGUGUGAAAUUAUCCUUGGUGGACAGAGAUACAUUAUGAAGGAUGGACGUCCAUUCUGCUGUGGGUGUUUUGAAUCUCUUUAUGCUGAGUACUGUGAGACCUGUGGGGAACACAUAGGUGUUGACCAUGCUCAGAUGACCUAUGAUGGACAGCACUGGCAUGCUACGGAGACUUGCUUUUCUUGUGCUCAGUGCAAAGCCUCCCUGCUGGGUUGUCCUUUUCUUCCCAAGCAAGGGCAGAUUUAUUGUUCAAAAACGUGUAGUUUGGGAGAAGAUGUUCAUGCCUCGGACUCCUCUGAUUCUGCGUUUCAGUCUGCACGAUCAAGAGACUCCAGAAGAAGUAUUCGUAUGGGAAAAAGCAGCCGAUCAGCUGACCAGUGCAGACAGUCUCUCCUGCUAUCACCAGCACUGAAUUACAAAUUCCCUGGUCUUUCUAGCAAUGCUGACGAUACUCUUUCUCGCAAGAUGGAUGACUUAAGUCUUCCAAGGCAAGAAGCAAAUUUUGGGAAUGAAGAUUUUUGGAAAGGAAGAGCAGAGCAGGAAAUGCCUGAAGACCCUGAAGAAUGGGCUGAGCAUGAAGACUACAUGACUCAACUCCUCCUAAAAUUUGGUGAUAAAGGCCUCUUCCAGCAGCCUACUGAAGUAGAUGUUACAUCAAACGAACACUGGAUUUCUGAUAAUAUUGUUAAAAGCAAGUCAGAUUUGAAAAAAAAUAAUCAAAGCCUGGCAAGUAAAAAAUAUCAGGCAGAUAUGUAUUGGGCCCAAUCACAAGACGGGUUAGGUGAUUCUGCAUAUGGCAGCCAUCCAGGCCCUGCCAGCAGCAGAAAAAUCCAAGAGUUAGACAUGGAACAUGUGGCUCCAGGAUACAAACAUGACCAAACACAAUGGUAUGAAGGUUCCUUGGAAUGUCUGUCUGACCUAAAACAAAAUGAGCAAAGUGUUCGAGAUUCAAUGGAUUCUUUGGCUUUGUCUAACAUCACAGGGGCCUCAGUGGAUGGAGAAAGCAAAUCAAGGCCAUCUUUUUAUUCUUUGCAAACUUUCCAGGAGCUUGAGGCAGAGGACUGUGAGAAAAUGAGCAAUAUGGGAACUCUAAAUUCUUCAAUGCUUCACAGGAGCACAGAGUCUUUAAAGAGUUUAAGUUCAGAAUUGUGUCAAGAAAAGGUGUUGCCAGAAGAAAAGCCAGUGCACAUGCCCGUACUUAGAAGAUCUAAAUCCCAGUCUAGACCACAACAAGUAAAGUUUUCAGAUGAUGUUAUUGACAAUGGAGAUUAUGACAGUGUUGAAAUUCGCCAGCCUCCAAUGAGUGAAAGAACUCGUAGGCGUGUUUUUCAUUUUGAAGAACGUGGGAAUCGGCAGCAGCAGCAUCGUCGCAGGAGAAGUAGGAAGUCUCGUUCAGACAAUACACUGCAUUUAACUACGGAAAGAUGUUCUCCAAAAGAGAGACCUCACUUUUACUCGCCUCAGGAUUAUGACAAAUUUAUCCAAAAUAGAAGCCCUCAUGAGGUUCAAGCAUACAUUCAAAAUACAGAACUUUAUGGACAGUAUGCCCAUGCUACAUCAGAUUAUGUACUGCGGAACCAGGCAGUUGAUAAAUUUUUUGGACUGUAUGGUGAGGAAGAAGACUCUUGGUGUUCAACUUCAUCGUCCUCUGAUUCUGAAGAGGAAGGAUAUUUUCUUGGACAGCCAAUUCCACAGCCACGAUCACUGAGAUAUCCAUACUACACAGAUGACCUAUCCAGUCCAAGCACCGCACUGGCCAGUUCUCAGUUUGAGCAAAGGACAACCAAAUCAAAGAAGAAAAAAGGACACAAAGGCAAAAAUUGCAUAAUUUCAUAACCCAUUAAAUCUUAGCAGGUGGGAAGACACUUUCAUGUAAAUCUUUGCAGCUACAAUCUGUAAAUGACAACCCUACUGGUGUUUUAUGUUAUAAAAUUAACAUUCAAAAAGAAAUGUGAUUAUUAGGAAAAAAUCAGAUAUUACCAGGUUUUCAUAAUAUACGCUGUGGUUAUCAAAACAUUGCAGUUUACAGUCUAUCAUACAGACUUGGUGUAGACAUUAACAUUGUGCUGGACAUUUAUCCCUGUUUACACACCAGAGAGGAUGCAAUAAUAGCAAACUGAAUUAUAUAUUAAAAAAAAAAAAGCUUUACUGUUGCUUCACAUAUUCAGAUGGCUUCAAUAUCCUUGUUUUUACAAAGGAAGGGUUCUGUGGUGUGUUCCUUCCCUGCAACUUCCCAUUUUUACUAGAACAAUUACAGCCUGGCUUGCCUUUAUCUGCAGCCAUCUUCAUAUUGUACAGAAGCAGUAAAUGGUCUAGACUAGAAGAUUAAGAAUUCUAUGCACCCUUUCAAUGUAUUUGGUAAUCAAGGUUCAGCUGGUUGAGAACUUGACUGGCAUUUCACUGGAGGGCAUACACACAGCUAUAACUGACACUUUAAUACAAAGUAUGGUUUUCUUUAAAAAAAAAUCAUCUGAAAAAGAGUAUCCUAAUUCUGGAAGCCCUUUCAUUGAUUAAAAAUAGGUUACAUGCUACUUGCAUGUAACUAUGUAAAGAAUACUUGCCAAAGGGUUCAAAGGAUUAAGCUCCAUAUUUGUAUCUAUUGGAACUCAUUAAUCCAGAUUUUAAACAUAUUAGUGACAAUUAUAAAUUGAAAACAGUGAUAUUUAUAAUGUAGUAUUCCAUAGACUAAAAUGUAUUCAUAAUUUAACAGUGAAAAUAUGAGUGUACAUAUUGUACAGUUAAGAUUUAAAACUGAUUAUUUUUAUAUCCCUGAAUUCCAAGAAGUUUGUUAUAACACAAAACUAGAUUUGUUAGGUGUUUAACAGCAGCAUUAUGGAUGGAAUGAUUGUUUGUAUUUUAGUCAAGGGGUUUACAUUUAGAAACUUUCAAAAUUGUAUUACUUUGAGCCAAAGCUUAAUUUUCUCUUCUAGAUAUUAAAUGCUCUGUAUGCAUGGCAGGGCUGUGUAAAUGCUCUCUAAAACUAGGACCCUUUUAAUCUUACAAGUUUUUAUUUAUGGGUCAAGCAAAAUGUAAACUGUAUAAAUGUAAAAAAACCACACAAGCCUGGAAUAUAUUAGUAUAACAAAUAUGCAACGUCUGUGGAUUUUUUUAUAAUCUUUGUUAUUGCCCUAUGUAAGAGAACAGUUAAUGUUGGAAUUGUGGAUGGAACAGGAGUGGCACAAAAUGUUUAAAAGAUGCUUCUUUCCAUCAGUGAAUUUUAAAUGUACUGUAAGUAGGAAGUCUCAAUUUCUGCCCUUCAGCUAGUGUGUGUAUAUAAAGAGCAAUUUUGAUUUAGUUAUAAUAAACAUAUAUACCUCUUA